UUCCCCAGGUUUGCCGAGCCAGACGCCGUCGGCUUUGCCACCACCCGUGCUUAUAAUCUCCUGCCUUCGCCCUCGUCAUGACCGUGCUGGCCAUCCUUGCAUCACUCCUUUCCUGCCCAUCAUGUCGACUGAGAAGGCUGGUGUCGAUACCACGUCUACGGACGUUGGCCAUGACCAUCGUCUACAACCAAUAGAGACUAACGAUGACAUCGCUCCGGAGAUUAUUGGAGGGCAAUUGGCCAACCUCCCGCCGGGCUACUAUACCAGCGCGGCGUUCAUCGGCACCGUCCUCGCCUUCAGCUUGGCCAACAUGUCGAAUUACGCAGGUUACGUCAUGACAUUCAACCUUCUCGGCAUCAUCAACCAGGAAUUGGGCCCCAGCAACACUUACGUCUGGAUCGCCACCGGAUACACAUUGGCCGCCUCCGCCGGCGCCCUGGUCUGGGGCCGUCUCAGUGAUGUGUUCGGCCGUCGAUACUUCUUCAUCGGCGGCAACAUCAUGGCACUGCUGGGCAGCAUCAUGGGCGCCGCGGCGCAGAACAUCAUCACCCUCGUCUUCGCGCAGGUCUUUAUCGGUCUCGCCUUACCGGCGCAGCUCAGCUUUUCCAUUUGUUUGGCAGAGCUGAUCCCCAACAAGUGGCGUGGGUACAACAACGCCCUCUUGUUCUUCAUGGCCGUGCCAUUUUCCACCUUUGGCCCCAUCAUCGCCCGAAACUUCAUUGCCAAUACCAGUGCCGGCUGGCGCUGGUCUUACUACAUCAACCUCAUCAUCUCUGGCCUGGCCACCAUCCUCGCCAUUGUGUUCUAUCAUCCCCCCGUCUUUGAGCAGCUGCACACGCGAGCAUCGAAACUCAAGGUGCUCAAGAACUUGGAUUACGUCGGCAUUCUCCUCUUCGUCGGAGGCCUCGUCCUCUUCCUAAUCGGCCUAAGCUGGGGAGGCGUUAUUUACCCCUGGGCGAGUGGGCACACACUUGGCACGUUGCUCGUCGGCCUGGCGAUGCUCGUUGGCUUCUUCCUAUGGGAAAUCUACGGCGCCAAAGAUCCUCUGCUGCCCCCGCACUUCCUUGCCAACCUGCCGUUCGGUGGCAUCGUCAUGGCCGCCGGUGCCGCGUCUGCCGUCUUCUACCCUCUAAACGUCUUUUGGCCGCAGCAAAUCUCCACCCUGUGGGCAACCGAGCCGCUCCGAAUCGGCUGGCUGUCGUGCAUCUUGGGCGGCGGCACGCUGACCGGACAAGUCUUCGCUGGCGUGUUGAUCAGCCACGGCAAGGCAAAGUGGCAGUUCGUCACAGCUUGCACGACCAUGACAGCGUUCAUCGGAGCCAUGGCCGCCACCAACCGCAACACCCUGCACACCGCCGAAGCGCUGUGCUUCCUCGGCAGCUUCUCCCUGGGCUACGUGGAAAACGUAGCCAACACCCUCGUCCCCUUCACGCAAAAAGAAAAGGACAUCGGCGCCUCCAUUGGCGUCCUCAUCUCCGGCCGCACCACAAUCGCCUGCAUCGCCCUCGCAAUCUACUCCACCGUGCAAGCGAACAAAAUCGCGCAAUUCACGCAGUCGAUUGUCGUCCCCGCCGCCGAGAACGCAGGCAUCAAACCCGCCGCCAUCCCCUCGCUGCUAGCGGGAUUCAGCACCGGCUCCUUCGCCAACGUGCCCGGCUUGACGCCCAAGAUUCUGGCCACCGUUACGAUCGCGUAUCAGACUGCCUUCUCCAAGGCUGUGCAGAUUGUGUAUCUUAUUAGUAUUGCGUUUGGGGUGCUUGCGAUUUUGGGGGCGCUGAUUUCGCCGAAUCCCGAUGCGAAGUUCACGACUGAUGUGUCGAGGCGGAUGCACGGGAAGGAGAAUACGAUGGUGGGGGAGAAGGAGGUGGUUUGAGAUUGGUGGGGUUGUCGCCCAUGCACCGAGCGUAUAUAUAUGUCAUGUUUAGACAAGAGAAACGAGUC